AUGCGACGGGCUAUCUUGGCGUCACGAGGGAUCCCGCCUGCAGUCACCAUCGAUAGGAAGCGCAAGUGCCUCGGGAGCUUCAGCUCGGCGGCGGAGGCGGCGCUGGCCUACGCGCGUGCACGCCAUCAGGGCCCGGAAAAGAGCAAGGACUUGGCCCAAAAGUUUGCCGAGCGAUCCGGCAAAAAAACGGGACUAAAGCGUAAGAGCCCCCAGAAGCCCCGGCGCAAUGGCGGCCCUCCCAAGGCGGCGGAAGCGAAGUCAAGUGCGGAGGAGCCCGCGGUGGAGCUGAGCGAGGCGGGCUCGGAGAGCAGUGACGAUCAUCACCCCAUCCCCAUCAGCGAGCCUGCCGAGCAGGACGAGGCGUCCCACAUUGACAAGCGGGCGCGCAGCAGCGCCGUUCGCACCACCAUGCCCCGACGCCAGUACUCCUGCGACGAGGUUCGUCUGAGGCUCGACGGGUCGGGGAUCACCGAGAGCGUCAACUUCACCCCGCCAACCGGGGCAAAGCGUUGCCGGGUCCUGAUUCUCUACUCGUGA